AUGGGAGCCAUGUGCUCAAAAUCCGGCGGCAAUGUCGCGAACAAGGAAAACAUGGGGCAGCUCCCGGACGAGAUGAUGUUACCCAACGGUGUCGACAGCACAAUGGCAGGCAGCGGCGGCAGCGUGGAUGCCCAGUCGAACAGCAGGGAUCGUGGCUUGGAGGCAUCGAAGGGGGCUACCGCAAGCUCCAACGGCCAAGUGGAGGACGACGGUGCCGCGGUGCUAGGAGCGGCGCUCGACUCAACGGCCUUCUUGUCCCCUGCUCCCGCGCAUGGGGCUCAAGUUGCUGCUGCUGAGGGUACCAGCCCAGCCGGCAGCAAUGACGUUGAACCUGGUGCCGCAGCAGUUGUCAAUGGCAUCGCUGGGCAAGACAAAGUAGUAAGCGACAUGCAGCUUGAGGACAGGUCGGCGUGGGUGGCGCGUAACUUGGGGAUGCUGCCCCGGGGCGGCAGCGAGAUCGAAGCGGAGAAGCUCAAAGAGCUGCCGGGCCUCGAAGAUUGCCUCCACGAGCUCCUGUCGGAGCGAGCACGCCACCUUUCCACGAUGGAGACCCUGAGCAGCCAGCUCAGGCGCCGCGAGGCGGAGGCGACCAAGGCCGCUCACGACAACAAGGCGCUGACAGCGAGGCUGGAGUGCUCGGAGCAAGACAGGUCGGCCCUCGAGCGACGUGGGAGGGCGGAAGGGGAGGAGCACCGUGUGGAGCGCGCGCGCUGGUUCGUGCACAAACAGGAGCUGGAGACGCGGUGUGUUCAGCUGGAGAGCCGGGACACCCAGUACCGGGCGUCGAUCCGCAAGAAGGAAGUGGAGUACGGAAGGCUGCAGGACUCUCUUAGGCGUGCAGUGGAGAAAGGCAGCGGUGUUGUCUCUCGGGGAGCAGGGAAGGGCGGCAGCAAGUGCAGCAGAGGCAUCGAGAGCAACUUGGAGCUAUCCCCCGGGGCGGCUACAACAGAGGCGGGUAAGCACCCUCUCGGAGCCGUGCUCAACAACCAGGCUGAGUCGAAGGUGGGGGAGCUGGAGGGGGAGAACUUCGCGCUGAGAAACAUGCUGCAAGACCUCCAGAGAGAGGUGAUGGAACUUAAAGACUACCAAGACCGCCACGGGGAUCUCGUGUCCGCCGAGAGGGGUUCGAUAGAGGGAGGCGGUAUCUGGGGGGGGAGGAUGUCCGUGGAUCCCCUGGCCGAGGAAGUGAUCGAGGGCAUGCCGGCGGAUUGGCUGGAGAGGCAGUUCGGGGAGGAGAAUGCACGACAGAUGAAGGGCAUGCGUUGCGCCGUGAAGCGGGUGCUUGGCGAAGGCGAGCAGGAAGGGGGGUCGGCGGAUGACUCCAUGUCGGCUGAGGACGUAACAUCGCUGGUGUCACAGCUGCGAGAGGCCCGCUCCCUGCUGAGGGAGCAAGACGCGAUCAUGUUCGCCGCCAUUUUCGACAAGCCGGGUGCUGGAACCAGCGCCGCUAACAAAGAUCGAUGUAUGUUCGGAGGAGACGACGGCGUAUACUUGGGGGGGUCAGGCGCAUGGGACUCCCUCGAGCGCCUGGAGCAGCAGAGGGAGGAGCUAGGAAAGGAGCGUCUGAAGCUGGAGGCAGACAAGGCCAAGUUUUUGGAGGAGGCUGUGCACCGCGACAGCAAGAGCUUUGUAUUUGCCUGUCCCCCGGCCACCCCGACCGCGGACAGCAGGUAUGCGACUCCGGUCCACCAUCACGGAAAGGCGUUAGGAAACGGAAAGUUGACGGUCGCAGCGGCUAGCCCUGCCCCGAACGGGAGGGGGGGGGAAGCGGGGAACUUAUCCCGGAUGUCGUUCACGCCUCCCACCGCCUCCCCAGACACAACAAAGCUGCUGGGAGCGCUUGGAAUAGUUCCUUGA